ACCAUUCCGACGCUGACCCUGGCUAUCUAUGCCGUGGCCACGGCAGCCACUGGGUCGCUCGAGCCGCGGCAGGGCACUGAUUCGCUGUCGAGUGUAACGUGCGGCAGCACCAGCUACACCAAGCAGGAGAUUGACGACGCCGUGGCUGAGGGCUGCCGUCUCUAUGCCGCCGGCGAGCAACUAGGAACCAACAACUACCCGCACAGGUUUAACAACCGCGAGGGCCUCACCUUUUCCAUCUCGGGACCCUUCCAGGAGUUUCCCCUCCUGGCUAGCGGAGCCGUCUAUUCGGGCGGAGCCCCCGGCCCGGACCGCGUCGUCAUCAACCCUAACUACCGGGGCAGCUGCGUCUACGCCGGCGCCAUGACCCACACGGGUGCGCCCAACCGCAACGGUUUUGUUAAAUGCGAGGAGGAGGAAGAGAGCUCCCCUUCGGAUGGUGCCGGGUCUACCACUAGGACCGCCAGUAGUACCGCCUUUUCGUCCCACACUGCUUCAAGGACGUCCACCUCCGCCACCUCCACGUCCGACCCUACUUCGACAGCAAACCCGGAUGACAAUGCCGCCGGGAGAGUUGUAAGCGGGACGGGCGGUCAGGGGUUGGUUAUGGGAAUCGUG